AUGCUGCAUUCCAAGUAUCCCACAUCGUCCCAGGAUACCACCGUUGAUACGCAACACAAAAAUGAGGGCAAGAAGAUCAAGGGGAGAGUGGUGUUGAUGAAGAAGGUUGUUCUCGAUGUGAACGACCUUAAAGCUUCGAUUCUUGAUCGUGUUGACGAGCUGUUAGGCAAAGCAGUUUCUCUAAGGCUCAUUAGUUCGGUUAAUGGUGCCCCUGAAAAUGAGUUGAAAGGAAAAGUUGGAAAGCCAGCAUACUUGGAGAACUGGGUGACCACAAUCGCCCCCUUAACAGCAGGGGAGGCUGCAUUUGAUGUUACUUUUGAUUGGGAAAAGGAAAUUGGCGUCCCGGGAGCUUUCGUAGUUAGAAAUGAGCAUCACAGUGAAUUCUACUUGAAGACUCUCACGCUCGAAGAUGUUCCUGGCGAAGGUCGAGUCCACUUUGUUUGCAACUCAUGGGUGUAUCCUGCUGACAAGUACAAAAAAGACCGUGUUUUCUUCUCUAACAAGACUUAUCUUUCAAGUGAUACACCAAAGCCACUACAGAAAUUUAGAGAAGAAGAGCUAGUAAACCUGCGAGGAGACGAUGAAGAAAGAGGAGAGCUUCAGGAAUGGGACAGGGUCUAUGACUAUGCAUACUACAACGAUUUGGGGAAUCCAGAUAAGGGUCCCGAAUAUGCACGUCCAGUUCUUGGAGGAUCUAUUGAGUACCCAUAUCCUCGCCGCGGAAAAACAGGAAGACCAGCAACAAAAACAGAUCCUAACACCGAGAGCAGGCUGAAGCUUAUCCAGAUCUUAAAUGUAUACGUUCCAAGAGACGAACGAUUUGGACCCAUAAAGAUGUCAGACUUGCUUGCUUAUGUCCUGAAAUCCAUCCCUCAGGUCCUUAAACCUGAGAUAAGAGAUCUACUCGUUGGUAACAAAGACGAGUUCGAAAGCAUGGAAGAAGUACUUAAACUCUAUGAAGGAGGAUUAGAGUUGCCUGAUGGGAUACUAAAAUACAUUAGUGAUAGCACACCUGGGGAGAUUUUCAAGGAGCUUUUUCGAACUGAUGGCGAAAAGUUCCUAAAAUUUCCAGUGCCUCAAGUGAUCAAAGAGGAUAAGUCGGCAUGGAGAACUGACGAAGAAUUUGCAAGAGAACUGCUGGCUGGAGUAAAUCCUGUCACUAUACGUCGUCUCCAAGAAUUUCCACCGUCUAGCGAGCUAGACCGAGAAGUAUAUGGGGAUCAAACAAGUCAAAUAACCAAAGAACACAUAGAACAUAACUUAAAUGGACUCACCAUAGAUGAGGCAAUCAUGAACAACAAGCUAUUCAUAUUAAACCACCACGAUGCAUGGAUGCCGUACCUGAGGCGGAUAAACAGAACUUCCACAAAAGCUUACGCAAGCAGAACACUCCUUUUCUUGAACAAUGAUGGGACUUUGAAGCCAAUAGCUAUUGAACUCAGCUUGCCACAUCCGGAUGGAGAUCAAUUUGGUUGCAUUAGCAAAGUCUAUACUCCGUCUAGCCAAGGCGUCGAGAGUUCCAUUUGGCAAUUUGCUAAAGGUUAUGCACUUGUAAAUGACUCCGGCUGUCAUCAGCUUUUCAGCCACUGGUUGAGAGCUCAUGCAGUGACUGAGCCAUUUGUGAUAGCGGCAAAUAGGCAGUUGAGCGUGCUUCACCCGAUUCACAAACUUCUGCAUCCUCAUUUUCGUGGGACGAUGAAUGCAAACGCAUCCGCACGACAGGUUCUCACAAACGCAGGUGGAGUAAUAGAGGAAAUAAUAUUUGCUUCCAAGUUUUCGAUGGAAUGGUCAUCAGCAAUGUACAAGGACUGGACUUUUCCUGAUCAAGCGCUCCCUGCGGAUCUGAUCAAAAGAGGAGUGGCGGUUGAAGAUUCAAGUGCAUCACACGGCGUGCGUCUACUGAUAGAGGACUAUCCAUAUGCUGCGGACGGGCUUGAAUUAUGGACUGCAAUUAAAACAUGGGUUAAAGACUAUUGCUCCUUCUACUACAAAAAUGAUCAAAUGGUUCAAAAUGAUUCGGAACUCCAAUCCUGGUGGAAGGAACUGCGCGGGGUAGGCCACAGCGACAAGAAAGAAGAACCCUGGUGGCCUAAAAUGCAGACUUGUGAUGAGCUGAUAGAAUCAUGCACAACUAUCAUAUAUAUUGCUUCAGCCCAUCAUGCAGCAAUCAACUACGGUCAGUACUCGACUGGUGGAUUCGUCCCAAACCGCCCAACCCUAAGCCGGCGGUUCAUGCCUGAAGAAGGCACUCCAGAGUAUGAGGAGCUCAGGACAAACCCUGACAAGGCAUUCUUGCAAACGUUUGCACCUCAGCUGCCGACACUUCUUGGAAUGGCCACGGUAGAAAUCUUGUCAAGGCACCCCACUGAUGAGCUCUAUCUCGGACAGCGUGACACCGCGGAGUGGACAACGGAUGCAGACAUACUGCAGGCUUCUGAGGAUUUUAAAAAGAAUUUGGAAGCGAUUGAGGCCAAAAUUGAAAAGAUGAACAAGGAUGAGAGAUUGAAAAACCGGUUCGGACCGGCCAAGAUCCCUUACACUUUGCUGUAUCCUUCUAGUGAGCCUGGACUUACUAACAAGGGAGUUCCCACCAGUAUCAACAUCUAA